ACUGUCGCGAGAGAUUGACGUGUUACUGCACCUUAUUACGAAUUACUAAAUUGGUGUUCACUUACAAGUGUCUACAGCUAUUAACUUCUUAAAACUAACUUUUCGCUUUCGAAAAGUUCGCUUUUGGUAUCAAGGACAAGUGCUUCAAAGUUUAGAUAAAUAAAAGUGUUAUUUGAUAUAAUUUGUGAUUUCCAGGAUUGUUGCGUGCUUUUAACGGAUCGAUCGCUGCGUGUUAGAAGCAGAAGCAAAACUCGGAACGAUUAAGAUAUUCAACAAUGACAUAGAAGUUUAUUCAAAAUGGCGUUGAGACUAAAGAAAGAUAUAAAGAAAGCGUCGUACUACGUUUGGUUUCUCGGCGCGCAGGAGUCGCGCGGCCUUCGAGGCGAAGAGUUCGCCUUACCUGCGAUAAGACUCUUGGAAGAGCGAGCGAGGAACUUAGAACCAUUCAAAGUUACUCUACAGGUGUCCCAUAAGGGCCUGAAGAUCAUCCAGAAUGUGACAGCCAAGGGCAAGCAGCAAACGAUCAAGCACUUCAUACCACAUGGCAGCAUCACCAGCGCCGUCGUGCAAGGGGACGUGGUGGCGUGCGUGCUUCUAUUGUACAACCCCAUCACGGGCUGUCCAGUACACGUGCAUGCUUACAGAUGCGACUCCGAUCACACAGCCGAGAUGCUCUACACUCAUCUUCUUGCGCUGAUCGAGAGACCAGAGAACCAGAAGAAAUUCGCUGACAUCGAGCGCAAACUGCAGAUGCGAGGAGCUCUACCUUCAAAGAAGCCUCCAGAUUCGUCUUUAGGGAGUGAAGUGUCCCGUGAAUCUGAUUCAGGCAGCAACGAGGACAGGAAUGUAGCGAAUCUGUACGAUAGUCUGGCUGCGGAACUUAAGCAAAAGUUGUCUACAGGUAAAAAGGGUCUAGGUAAAAGUCCAAUCCUAUUGCCUCCACGCGACUACGAUACCGUGCACCGUCAGAAGGGCAACUUGAGCAACAUCGACACCAGGCGUUGCUUAAACCAGAAUAUAGUGGGCAUCAACGCUCGGCGCAAGCUGGAGUCGUCGGGAGGCAGUUCCGGAAUAGGGAGCGACCUAGCGCCUUCGCCAGAGCGGAAUGAUUAUCCACGACAUGACAAUCAUAGCACAAGCGAGGAAGACUGGGCAGAAAGCACAGCAUACCUCAUGCACGAAGCAUUCGAUGCGUCGCCGCCGCGCCGCGUGCCUUCUCCUCGCCGGGUUUCACCCCCUCGUCGUGCUACUUCUCCACGCCGGGCCUCACCUCCGCGCCGAGCCUCACCCCCGCGCCGCGCCUCUCCUCCUCGCCGAGCUUCACCUCAACGUCGUACUUCACCUCCUCGUCGCACACUUUCUCCACGCAACCAUGAUAGAGCACCCUACAACGAUGACUACAAUGAUCAGUAUCGUGACCAGCUAGCUCCGUUCCGCGACCAGACCACUUUCGACCGCCGGUUCCGCCAUGAAUCUUUGGAGCUUGUCAACAAAGACAAGACAGAGAAAUUCGAAGAAGAAACACCGAGCUAUCGGCGAAGGUAUGUUGCCGAAACCAAACCAUCGAACAGAAGCAUUGAAAGAGUCGAGGAUCGUAGAUUCGGCAAACUCCAAAGAGGAGCAAGCGAAGGUAGUCUGAAAGUCAAUGACACCUCCCCAAAAGAAAGAUUUAACGUUGCCAAGGAAAAAUUCAUGAACUUGGAAAGGGAAAGAUUUAACAGGGAGCUCGAAGCGCAUAUGGCGAUGAGGAGAAGUAUGUUAGAAAGGAACAGUCGCUCUACUUCUUCCCCAGAGGAAGAAAGAAGGGAUGAGCGACUGGACCGGCACCGAGAAUCGGGUUCUCGAAGAGAAAACGACCGCUCACUUCGGGAUUUAGAACGGUCUCAUAGAGAACCUGAAAGGCGCAAGGAAGACAGGGUCCGCGAUUUGGGUGCCGUCGAUUUAGGGCAGCGGGAAAUUGAGAGACUUCCACGAGUUGGUCGGAAACGUGACGACGGUAAGAGGUACGAGUAUGGAACCGAGGAAUAUUUAAACAGGAUCGAACCAAAACCGCACAGGGAAGAAUUCGAUCGCUACAGAGAGAGAAGAGAAUUGGAUCGCCGUAUCGAAGAGGAUGAAAUUAUUGAGCCAGUGAUUGAAGAACGAAGGAGGGAUUGGACCGAUAGGCAAAGAGCGUUCAGUCGUUCGCGUUUGUUAGACGAACAACGUCAGUCUUACGUUGAAGGUGACAGAGAUAGGUUUUUCGAAAGGGACUACAGAGACUUCCGUGACCUGGCCGAUCGACAACCGCCAAACUACCGACACAGUUACGCGGAACCAAUACCGAGAGGUCGCCUCGGGACUGUAAGACCUUACUAGAAAUGCCAUAAUAGAUUUUUAAAAGAACUUAGUACUUGUUAUAUAUCCAGUAUAAUUAAUGACGUUGAUUACAUUGUAAUCAAAAAUAUCAUACCCUUAUUAAUAUUCGUUAUCAUUUUGUACCUAUAACGGACCAUCGAUACUGUUUUUAGUACGAAAUAUUCAUAAUGUAAAUAAAAAUAAAAAUAUUUGAAAACAUUUAAACGAUCUAAUAUGUACCUAAUAAAAUAAAUGUUUAUGUUUAUAUACAAAAAGUGUAAUAACCGUUUUAAUCAACUAGUCUUUUUGUAUUACUCUAAUAUGAUAACUACAAUGAAUUAACAUUUAUUUACAUAAAUUAAGCACCGAGUCUCUGACUUUAUAUAAAUUAUUAUAUAUUGAAGGUCUUGUUCGAUAUAUAAUAUUUGUUAAUAUUUAAAUAUUUUACGUUGGAUGUAAGUUUAACUUCAGACUCAAAAUGUACCUUCGUAGAUCAGUGAGACAUACAAUUCCAACUCAACACAAAUAUUAUACAAAAUACUCAUAAAAUGUCACAGAAAUAUAUUUGUAAAUAUAAAUUAUAAUAACAUUACUGAUACAACUUAACAUAGAGUUAAUUUUAUAUAGUUAUACAACCGAAACAAAUGUUACAAUAUAAAUUUAUAGCAUUAUAUAAAAAUAGAAAAAAUGUUUAAUACCAAUAAGGGUUUUUUGAAAGCGUUAAAGGUCGAAUAAUAGACGUUUUAGUUAAAAUAAUAUAUCCCCGUUGGAUAUAAUAUAUAUAUAAAUAUUUGUUUAAGCACAGCAUACAUAGGGCUUUACGUAUAAAUGUAUAGCUUAUUCCAAUGGAAGUAGGAAAAAAGAUAAACAAACCUUAGAUUUAAGUAUUUCAUGCGAUUUGCAACUGAGCUAUAUCUUUAUUUAUAAUACAACACAAUUACACUUUACUACUUAUAUC